AGGACGCCGGGAAUGAUGGAAGCAGGUGACAUUGGCAGAGAGGCCUUUGAGUGGGGCUUCCAGCCUCCUGAUGAGCGUCCUGAAGACAGCAUCGAUGAGGAGCUGUCACAAGAUGAUGCUGAGGAAAGCGCAUCUUUCCUCACGUUGGCAGACCGACAGCGUAUUGGAGAGGUUCUGGCGGAACAAGAACGUCGCCGAGCAGAAAGGUCAGAGAUACCCUCGAUGCGACCCAGGACGGUUGACACCAUGUGGCCAAGCUUCUCCCCUGGUCGGAGGCACCCUGAGGUUCCUUGGUCAGAGGCCAGCGGCCAGCCUGAUCGUCAUCGUCCACCAAGCCGAGGAGGUGAAUCCUGGCAGCCUCUGGGGCAGACGACUCCACCAGCCUAUGAGCAGGUCACACCGGAGCUUCUACAGCUUUGGCAGAUCCAGGAGACGCAGUUGCCAUCGGAUCUGCCGCCUGCGCAGCCGACGCAGGACGAGGAAGCUCCAGAAGUGCCGGCAGAGUCCAGUCUUGGACCUGAGGCGGAGGUGCACCCCUUCGAAGGGGAGCGUGGUGCAGAGUCUGGUGCAGAGCAUGCAGAGAUUGCAGGUGGUCAUGAGAUCCCAGAUGCCAUCGAUGUCGCUGAAGCGGCUGAAGUGGAAGCAUCGGAACGAAGGACACAAGAGCUCGAAACAGAGCAAGCUGAAGAGGAGGAGGAAAUUGAGGAUGCAGAAUUCGAAACUUUUUCAGAAGGUGAGGAGUCUGAUGCAAGUGCCGACGAUGGAGGAGAGCCAGCCGAAGACCUUCCGGACCUUCCGGACGUCCCGGACCUCCCGGCGACGGUGGAAGAUGUAGCACCUGAGCCUAGCCGAGCUGUAGAGCUGGAACCUCAAGCUGAAGAGAUUGAGGUGGCCAGCCUUCAUUCCAGUGAAGACUUGGGGCACUUCGAAGAAGUUGAGGUCACUGAGAGCGGCGGCUUUCACGCUGACGAGUGGAUCGUGGAGGCAUCAUCCAUUCGCCGGCCUGACGUUGCCACCAGCAAGGCGGGCGGAGGGAUGUCACCUAGUCUGACAGGUCCACCAACAACAACACCGCCGGAGGAUGCGCAAACGGCGCCGCCAACGGUCUCCGACCUCACGGAGGAGGUGAUCGCUGCGAUCAUGGAGGAAUUGAUCAAUGACACCAUCCAGUCUUCCACCCUAGCAGCGUCCGCUGAGCCUGCCCUUUGGCAUCCCACCCCGGUGGCACCGCCCUUCAUCGACAUCUUCAAUGAGGACAGCGCCCCUGAUGGUUCCAGCGCGGAAAGCGAACCUGUGGUGCAGCCUUCCCCUAGGAGGCCACUUCCGCAGCAGCCUCGUGUCUCUGCGAGCGCUCCUGGAGCUCCAGUGCUCGGCACCGCCAUGGGUGCCCCCUCCCUGGCGCCUGAGGAGUUGUCGGACGCAGGAGGACGACAAUCAAAGGACUCAGGGCCACCCCGACCUCCAUCGCCGCCGCCGGAUGCUCGUUCUCUUGCCGUAACCACAGUGGCUCCAACCUUUCAAGCGCCUGCGCUACCCACACAAGCUUCUUCCCGGAUCAAAGGCAAACAAGAGCAGGCCGACCUGAUAUCCCAGGAGCUCUUAGAAAUGCUUCUGGGUGAGGCCUUGCAAGAAUUUGAAGGCGCUUGCAACUUCUCCAGCCCUGUGGAGGAGGCACGCGUGAGCAUUGGUUCUUCAGGGCCCAGCCCGUUGAUCGCAGGACCCAAACCCAUCGAUACCUCAGAAGCUGUGGUGGGGCCCUUUGUAGAUGCGGCCUUCCAACACUUCGGCGUAGUGGAUGAGACUCAGCCGGUGGCGGGUCCUGUUCCUCCAGUAGAGGAGUGGUUGCCGUCUGUCAAAGAGAUCAUGCGAAGUAAGGCAGCGCACGAGGAUGCCGAGGAAGAGUCCCCGGAGGACAGUGACCGUGCAGCUGCGAUUGAAGGCUUCACACGCCUGCUUGCAGAUGCUUUGCUGGAGAUUGCUAGCGAAGAAGUCAAGGAGCAAGGUCCGCGUGUCAUGGGUUGGCGACGACCCUGCUUUGGAGAAGCUCCUCUGUCACGCUUUCGAGAGAAGCAGGCACAGGAGGGCUUGACCUCUUCGCAGAAGCAAACCUGGGAGAAGGUGCGAGCCAAACUGACGGAGCAAGUGCGCUUCGGUUGGCGAACGGAGGCUGCUGAAGAGACUUCGGCAGUGUCAGGCGUCCAAGCUGGAAGAAUGACCAUCGAUCUUGAAGCCGGUGCUGCAGGCGCCUUGGCUUUAGCCAACCUCGAUCCAGGCAUUGACGCACUUCUAGAGGAAGAGAUUUGUAGCGAUGAAGCUUCAUGGUUGGACAUCAAAGCCGAUGUGCAGAAGGUGAAGAACGAGGUGGCUCGGAUGAUCUUCCAAGACUUGCUGGAGGAACUGGCCAACGAGAUCGCCCGGCUGUGGAUGCCGUAUAGCUUCGCGCGGCUGAGCGCAGCCUCGAUGUCAUUCGUCACCACCUUCACCCGGCAGCGCGUUUCACGGCGGGGGGAUCGCUCACGUCGAGCUGGCAGCAUGACGGUGGCUUCCGAAGGCGCAACAGUCGGAGCAACAGUUGGAGCUUCCGCACCACCAGAAAACAUCUGA